CGGAAAUGUUUUCAGGCAACAUGGCAGAAAUGUGAUUUUUAAAGCAGAGGAAAAUUCUCAGCAGAAAUCACCAUAGAGCUGCAUUUUACGACGGAAUAUAAAGAAAGCAAACUCGCGUAUUAUUUUACGUCUCAUCUUCUCCUGAAAUGUCCAAACCUGCAGUGUUUUCUCUCGAUCAGGCGCUGAGGAGAAGCUUCGUGAACCUGGAGGACAGUCAGAAGGUCUGGAGGAAGGUGCUGGAGGACUGUAACCCGCUCAUGGAAUCUCUGGGGAACCUGGCCGAGCAGUCAGCAGCUCUGUCCGGCCUCCAGAUCUCCAACACGCCGCUCAGAGACUUUCCAGACCUGGAGGAGAGACUGAGGUUCAAACUGAGUCUGGAAACGGAUUCAGUCCUGAGGAAACUCCACGAGAACAUGUCUUCCCUCCAGGCGGUCAGAGACUCGGUCAGUCAUCAUCUCUCUGCGGUCCAGCAGCAGUUUGAUCAGAUCUCAGAAAGUCUGGAUCUACUGGAUUUAACGCAGCGCUCGGCCUCCACGCCGUCCGUCUGUGAUCUGAUGGAGUGGCUUCAGGAUGCAGAGCGGCUCUACCGGCUGCAAUUCCUGAGGAGGAAAACUCUGCUUCAGACACUCAGAGUGGACGACUUCUGUCUGCUGGAAUCUGCUCCUCAGAGGUGGAAGUCUGUGGAGUGUGAGAGCAGCGAGGAUCAGAUCACCGAAACUCUCUGCAGAGUUUCUUUCUUCAUGGAGUCACAGUGAAGACGUCUGACAGAAGCUCAUCUGUGGAUCUGAAAACAAACCAAAGGAACUGAUGAGUCAGACGGACUCAGAUAUCAGAGACGACUGGACUUCCCUCCAGAGAACCGCCUGGAUGAUCUGAUCAUAGAGGACAUGAGGACCUCGUUUCAGACUUUAAAGUCCAGUAUAACGCAGUAUUCUGAUGUAUUCUACAGCCUGUGAUGUUGGAUCAACCCAGAAUAAACAAACUGCAGCACACAGAACAGAA